GAAUGGCCUUGCAGACUUUAUGGGAAAAUUGGCCUAAUUCUGGUUCGAUGACAUAUGAUCUUAUUAUCGUGCCAAUAACUGAGCCAUGGAUGGAGUUACGGCUCAAAAUUACCCACCUCAAUCCAAACCUCGGCUGUGAAUGUGACUGGAAGAUUAGAUAACAGGAAGGCGUUGGCCACAAGAGCCACUGGGAGCUGUGGGCCGCAACAUAAACCCUUCAAUAGGAAGCUUUACAGAGGAACUGUGUUGGAUUCAGCUGGUUUAAGGUUUACUAAUGUAAUAUCUGAGGAAGAAGUGUUUCAAACCCUGCAGCUGCUAGAGGACCUCUUGGCUAGGCAGUGAUGUUCCGAGUGAAUAUCAGAUUUAAUGAAAUGACAAGACACCAAACAGUGUUCUAGAAUCCAGAUGACAGUUCCAGGAAUUUAUUAAGUGGCUUCACCCAUGUUAUGUAAUUGGCUACUUAUAAAUUGUAUUAUAAUGAUUGGCUAAGCAUCACCUUCAGCAAGCUCCACCCACCUUCCCUGCUCUUUGAUCUCCCUACUUUUGGACGAGUUGGGCCAAAGGGCCUGAGUCCAUGCUGUAAUAGCUCUACACAGUCUAUUAGAGUGUCGGGUUUGGAUGGGGACUCUCAGCAAGAUCCUGGUCACUUUUCACUGAGCUUGUUUACAACCAUCUCAACUGAGUAUUUGACUGGUGCGAAGGUACACUAUAUCAAUUGCACUGUCUGUUGUGGGCACUUUGUGAUGUCACUUCAGGCAAUGAUAUCAUGGGAGCUGUGCUUUGCUGAAGAUUAAUGGGAAAGGAUCCAGGUCACAGAGUUCUUACAGUUUAAGCUUUGUAACAAUGAUCCAAAUUCAUGGAGGAUAACAACAGCAGAGCACGAUACUACCACCUUGUCCCCAAGUACAGCAAUGGCUCGCUGUUUGACUCCAGCGUCUCCAGCGCUGGCAUCGAGCGGCAGGAUGGGGGCGCCGGGCAGACAGGCCUGGGCAACACGGGCAACACCUGCUACAUGAACUGCAUCCUGCAGUGCCUGAGCAACACCACGCCACUGGUCGAGUACUUCAUCACCGGGGCCUACGCUGAUGAUAUAAGCAGAGGCCGUGGGGAGCUAUCUAAUGCCUUCUCGGCAUUAGUGAUGGACAUGUGGUUGGGGGAUAGUGUGUACAUCUUUCCGGAUGAAGUGAAGAGAGUUCUGGGAAAGAUGCACGCUUCCUUCUCCGAUGGGACCCAGCAAGAUGCCCAGGAGCUGCUUCUCUUCUUUCUCAACGUUCUCCAAAAUGAUCUGAAGAGAUCUUCAGGUGUGAGAAACAUAGAAACAUCAAUCGUUACAAAGUUGUUCCAAGGGCAACUGAGCUACUUAAAACUCUGCCUGAAUUGUUACCACAAGUCCAACCAAACCGAGAACUUCCUGAGCCUCUCACUCCCCAUGCCAACUGACAGCAGAUGUUCCAUUCAGGACUGUCUCAGGCUGUUCUUUAAAGAAGAGGUUCUGAGCUCGAGGGACCAGCCUUUCUGCUCCUUCUGCGGCCAGAAGCAGGACCAGGCAGAGAGUAUCCAGCUGCUGAAGGCUCCUGACAUCAUCAUCAUCCACCUGAAGCGCUUUGAAUCAGACGAUCAUGGCCACAGGAAACUGACGAGCACGGUGACUUUUCCACUUGAAGAUCUCGAUCUGACACAGUACACAACCAAUCCAUCAAGUCAGCAGCUGAAGUAUCAGCUCUAUGCUGUGGUGAACCACACCGGCACCUUGGACAGUGGCCACUACACAGCCUUCUGCAAGAACCCAGUGACACAGAACUGGCAUGAGUUCAACGAUGCAAAAGUAACCAGCAUUUCUGAGCAGAAGGUCCAGUCGCCAGCAGCCUAUGUACUCUUCUAUAAUUGUGUGAAUUUUCAAUGGCCUCAAUAAUGGCAUCCUGGAUCAUCGUAAUAAACAGUUUCCCCAUAAUCCAGUUUUCAUUCUGUACCAGCCCUAAAGGGCAGCAAUCUAUAUAAAUUAUGGAAUUUGUUCUAAUUUUGGCUAACAUAUGCUGUUAUUUUGUUGGUUAUUGUCUAAAGUGGACAGUGUCUCAUGAAUUAAAGGAAUCCCCUCUGCAAACAGUUCAUGCUGCAGUAUGUGAUCACGUUCUGGUACCAAGUCUUUAUAGCAUGGGAAAAAACUUAUUUUGGCCCAACUCAUACAUGCCAGCCAAGAUGUCUAUCCAGUAGAUCCCAUUCUAUCCCAGCUAUCCAUCUAAACCAUCUCUACCCUACACAGGUUCCAGCUGUCUCUACAGCUUUCUCCUACAGUUCAUCACCCUGUCUGUGAAAAGGUUGCCCCAUUCAUCCCUUUUUAAAUCAAUCCACUCUCAAAAUCUAUUCUCUCUAGUUUUAAACGCUAUUACACUGGGGAAAGACUGAUCAUCCCUUAUCUAGAUUUGCCAUGAUUUUAAGUUAAUCACUCGGCCUCCCAUGCUCAACCUAUCCAGCCUCUCAAUUUAACCUCCAGUUCCAGUCACUUCCUCACAAAUCUUUUCUGCACCUUUUCCGUUUUACUGACAAUAGACUACAGAUUAUACUAGGCCCAAAUGAUUUACAUUUUUUUUCCUCAAAAUUCUGGAAUCCAGUUUAGAACAGGGUCGCUUAGCACUAAUUCUUUUCACAAGUUGCACAAGAUGUUUCAGUUCAAUUUCAAAGGUGCUUAAGUGAUUAGUGAGUGCCUCACACUGAAGCCCCAGAAUCUCACUGAAGCAGGUUAUUAUGUAGGUAGAUUGAACACAAGCCUACUGACGAGUGAGAAGAAUAAUCCUCAGCCCUUGUUGACCAUUCCCCAUGCCUCUUUGUAGCCACGUCAACCACUGUAAAGGUCUUCUCUUACAGCCAGUCUACCCAUGGGUCAGAUUUUGGACAAUUACCCCCCAUAAAAGGGCACAGCAUCUAAAUUAUCAAAUUCAUUCAUCCUCAUCUGAAAUUAGUCAACUGCAAAAUAUAUUUAAACUAACCAAGAACAAAUCCUAAAGGUUUGUUUGUAAGAGGGCUCUAGCUAAACCCCAACAUAAUGCCUAUACCAUUGACCCCAGCCCAAAUCCAUGGCCCGGAUCAAAUAAAAUUAAUAUACAGCUCUGUAUUAAUGCAUAUGCAGGACAUGUUUUAUUUAUUCAUAGUGAUGGGUGUCUGGACUGUGCUACCAGGGUGAUAGUAGUAGAUAUGAUAGUGGCGUUUAAGGGUCUUUUAGAUAAGCACGUGGAUAUGAUAAGAGGGAUAUGAGUACAAUGCAGGCAGAGAUUAGUUUAAGUUGACAUCAUGCACAGCCCAGUCAUUGUGGGCUAAAGGACCAGUUCCUGUGUUGUAUUCUUCUAUGACACCUUGAAAUCAGCAUGCUCUUUCACAUGCAAAGUAGGACCACUGUUUCAUAGACAUUAUACAGCAUAGAAACUUAAAACCCAACUCGUCAAAGCAAUAAUCUAUGCAAAUCCUUUUCCUGCGUUUGCCUCAUCUCUAAACCUUUCAAUCCAUGCACGUGCAAAAGUCUAUCAAAUGUUGUAAUUAUACCUGCCUCUACUGAUCCCUUUGGAAGCUCAUUCCAACAUCCUGUGGGGUAAAACAUGUCCUUCGGGUCUCCCUUCCUUUCUGAGUGCGAGUGUGCGUGAGUGAGCGUGUGAUUGAGCACGGGAGCGAAUGUGUGAGCGUGUGUGUGAGUGAGAUAAGGGAUUCAGCACCAAUUUCUGCAGGGCACCAAUGGUUGUAGUUCUCCAAUGUGCCACCCUCCGUCUUCUACCCUGGAUUCCACGUGAUCAACCUUUUUG